AUGACUCGCGACAACGACUUCAUUCGAUCUUGGAUCCGCAGUCACCAGCGCACGCCGUCCGGCUCGCGUGACUUCAAGGAGGCCACCAAGCGCGAUGCCCUCGCCCGCCUCGAGGUGGAGCUGGAGCGACUGGUCACCACCCUGCCGGAGACCAGGAAGCCGCUCGUGCAGCAGGAGUUCAGGGGCUUCAAGAACUUGUUUAGCAGAUUCUUGGCAGAACAGGGUCCGUCAGUGACAUGGGAGAAGAUCGAGAAGCUUCCAGAGGGUGCUGUGAUCGACUACACCAGCCUCAGCACCCCCACCACGGACUGCAUCCACCACAUGCUGGACAAGCUGGUGGUGGUCAAGUUGAACGGUGGUCUCGGCACCUCGAUGGGAUGCAAGGGACCCAAGUCCGUCAUACAAGUCAGAAAUGAGCUCACCUUCCUGGAUUUGACUGUGCAGCAGAUUGAGCAUCUGAACAAAACGUACAAGUGCAACGUCCCGUUGGUUCUGAUGAACUCCUUCAACACUGACGAGGAUACACAGAAGGUGAUCCGCAAGUACCGCGGCCUCAAGCUGGACAUCCAUACCUUCAACCAGUCCUGUCAUCCUCGCAUCAACAGGGAAUCUCUCCUGCCCGUAGCCAAGACAGGAGAUAUCCAUGACGAUAUUGAAGCCUGGUAUCCACCCGGCCACGGCGACUUCUACGAGUCAUUCCACAACUCCGGCCUAUUACAGAAAUUCAUCGCCGAAGGCAGAACUUACUGCUUCAUCAGCAACAUCGACAAUUUAGGCGCAACGGUAGACCUCAACAUCCUGAACUUACUCCUAAACCCAGAUCCUCAGCGGACAAUCUCAGAAUUCGUUAUGGAAGUGACUGAUAAGACCAGGGCUGACGUGAAGGGAGGAACUUUGAUUCAAUACGAGGAUAAACUGAGGUUACUGGAAAUAGCACAAGUCCCCAAAGAACACGUGGAUGACUUUAAAUCCGUCAGCCAAUUCAAGUUCUUCAACACGAACAAUUUGUGGGCGAAAUUGGACGCUAUACAGAGAGUUGUAGAUCAAGGAUCCUUAAACAUGGAGAUAAUUGUAAACAAUAAGCAUUUAGCUGAUGGUUUGAAUGUUAUCCAAUUGGAGACUGCAGUCGGAGCUGCAAUGAAAUGCUUCGAUGGAGGCAUUGGUGUGAAUGUGCCUAGAAGCCGAUUCUUGCCUGUGAAAAAGACCUCAGAUUUGCUUCUGGUGAUGUCGAACUUAUAUAGUCUAUCCCAUGGAUCCUUAGUGAUGUCUCCGCAAAGGAUGUUCCCUACCACUCCCUUGGUGAAACUUGGUGAUAACCACUUUGCGAAGGUGAAGGAAUUCCUGAGUAGGUUUGCCACCGUACCGGAUAUAAUUGAGUUGGACCAUCUGACUGUCUCAGGAGAUGUCACGUUUGGCAGGGGGGUGUCGCUCAAGGGCACAGUGAUCAUAAUCGCAAACCACGGUGAUAGGAUCGACAUACCAUCGGGUGCUCUCCUAGAAAACAAGAUUAUAGGUCCGGCAAAUGACUCAAACCCACCUGAUGUUAAGUGGCGGUGUAGUCCAGACGCGAAGAUAGCUGAUACAGCAGUUCUUCCUGCCAUACUAGCCAUCCUCACCUUGCCGGACUGCAUGUUGCUUCUUCACGCCUCUUUUAAAGGAUCCCAGGUUGUAAGAGGGAGGAAAUACUUGAGCAGGCAUAUAUGGCAACUAGAUGAUGCCAUAGGAUUUCAAGGUUGUUAA